UUUUCCCUUCACCACUCAGGCUAUCUCCCCAGGUAGCAAGUUGUUCCAUUUGCUCCAGGGAAAAGACCUGCAUUCCCAGAAACGUCCCUCUGGUCAUCUCUCCCAGAUGCCAGAUGUCCACCUUUAUUGUGUGGCUGAGACCAAUUUGUCCUAUGUAUAGAUUCUUUGCAGUGACACACCCAGUAUGACACAGCACUCAGGUGAAUGGCAGUGGCAGUAGCUUCCUGAUUGCACAAUCCAACCUCUUGCCUCAGGGACCGAGGCUCUCUUACUAGACAGAGAAAGAGAGAGAGAGACACGCACACACACACUCACACACACACCGGCACGCACGCAGAGACAGAGAGAGACAGAGGGAACCUUAUCUUCUGAUCCUUUGCUCUGAGAGAGGGUAAGUUGCAGAAGAAUGCUGGAAGAGUAGCAGGAAUUAAGAUCCCUACGGAAUGUAAGAAAGCUGCCGAGGAGCCCUUUACAGAGCCAGAGGACGGAAGCCUGAAGGGAUGAGCAUCAGAGAAGGACUGAUCCCUGGAAAUAGAAGAUGACUGAAGACUUCGGGUCACACAAUAGUGGACAAUAGAUUCGAAAGGAACCCCCAAGCAGUUGGUGCUGGUGAACCUUGCUGUAUCACUCAGAGUCAUCAAGACUCAUGGGAUUGCUCACAGAUGUGACCAUUCUAUGCAUCUCGUAGACCAGGCGCUGGAGUUGGCAGCCCCAUUGCAAUGGAAGAUUCAAGGAGGAUGACAAGGAUACUACUGGAAUGCAACCUCACUGACAAGCUGUGUAUUCUACGAGAGAACCAGUAUGAAGUUGUCAUCGUUCCCACACUCUUUGUCGCCGCCUUCCUUAUCCUUCUGGGGGUCAUCUUAUGGCUCCACUUUCGAGGACAAAGGGCCCAGAGACAGUCACCUGGACUCCAAGGAAUUGCUCCUAUACCUCCAUCUCGGGGCCUGAGCUGGGAAGCAGCAGGACUUGGAGGAAACAUCUUUGUGCCCCAGAAGCAGAAUUCAGUGGAAGACCUUUUACAGUCCAAUGCAUCCACACUAGCUAAGCUGCAAGUGUCCCGGGACCAACUUUCAGAAGAUAUGGAGGAGAUCCACAUAGGAACUUGUGGAACCAUUUAUCGGGCCAAGAUGAAUACUGGGGACUCUUCUAAAUCCAAGAGUGUUGUCCUUAAGGCUUUGAGAGAACCAACUGGAUUUCAUGAGAUUCAAGAUUUUUUGGGACGGAUUCAUUUCCACCAUUUUCUGGGCAAGCACAAAAAUUUGGUUCAGCUUGAAGGCUGUUGCACACAGAAGCUGCCCCUCUACAUGGUACUGGAAGAUAUGACCCAUGGGGACUUGCUUAACUUCCUUUGGACUUGCCGACGGGAUGUGAUGACAAUGGAUGGCCUCCUCUAUGACCUCACAGAGAAGCAAGUCUAUCAUAUUGGGCGACAGGUUCUCAUGGCUUUGGAAUAUCUCCAGGGGAAGCGGUUAUUCCAUGGAGAUAUAGCAGCCAGGAAUGUCUUGAUCCAGGGUGACCUCACUGCCAAGCUCUGUGGGCUGGGUCUGGCAUAUGAAAUCCAUGCUCGAGGUGCCAUCUCCUCCAAACGGAUAGUACCCCUAAAGUGGCAAGCCCCUGAGAGACUCCUGCUGAAGCCUGCAGGAAUCAGAGGAGAUGUAUGGUCCUUUGGAAUCUUGCUGUAUGAGAUGGUGACUUUAGGGGCUCCACCAUAUCCAGAGGUCCCUCCAACCCACAUUCUACAGUAUCUCCAGAGGAGAAGAGUCAUGAAAAAACCCUCCAGUUGCAAAUCCACCAUGUAUAACAUCAUGAAAUCCUGCUGGAGAUGGAGUGAAGAAAACCGGCCCUCUCCAACACAAUUACGCCUUCGCCUAGAGGCUGCCAGCCAGGGUGCAGAUGAUAAAGCUGUGCUCCAAGUACCGGAGCUGGUGGUGCCUGAGCUCUAUGCAUCCGUAGCAGGCAUCAGUGCAGAGACUAUUUCCUCCAACUACAGUAUCCUCUGAAGUACCACUGAGCUGGAAAGACACAAGUUAUAUGCUCAGGGCAUAUCUAAUGUUUCCUAGGAGUUGUAUUGGACAUUUGGAUGUUACAGGGGAAGAAAAGAUGGAGAGAGGGCAUGAAUCAUAGGAUCAUAGCUCUUAAAGAAGGGACCUCAAAGACCAUUUAGUCCAAUCCCCUCAUUUUACAGUUGAGGGAACUGAAUCCAGGAAACAUGACUAAUGUCAAAAAGGUAAUAAGUGCUGGAGGCAGGAUUUGAAUCCGGUUCAGAUUUGGUGUCCUUGCCUGUACCAUACUGUAUUAUGCUGCCUCCCAAUUUCAGACCUACACAUUUCUUUGGAAUAUAUUCUGCAGAAAUAGCUGAAUAUGAAUUCCUAAAUCACCACUUGGGAGAUGGAGUUGAGUCGUUGGAUGGUUCCUAAGGCUUAGGUUGGAAUUAGUGGAUAGUACAAUUCCAAAGAAGAUUUAACAAAUCCACAAUGUUUCUGGGGUCAAGGAAAAUACUUUGUCUCCCCUUAGUUGUGCCUUCUAGACAAGUUCCCCUCUGAAACAUUUUCAAACUAAAUUCUGAUUGUGAGAUCCAUGAAGAUGAGAAUCAACUGAGAGUGAAUAAAGAGAAAUGGAGAGGAGGAAAUUAUAGGCAAUAUCAGUUCAGAGAAAGAAGUCACCAAGGAAUCCAUAGUGAGGGAACUGAUUUCUUAAUGUGGGGCUUCAGGAAAGACAGAAAAAGAAAAUUCUCAUUUGUCCAGUGGGGUGAGAAUGUAGAGAUUUGGAAGGAGGAAGAAAUGGUCCUUUUAUUUCUUAUCAGUCCUCUUGCCACUGUUAGUGGUUGGGAACUGGAAAAGCCAAUUCUCUGUUGGGAAUGUCUAGUUUUAACUGUUCAUCAUUAUGGGUUCUCAGACCUAGCAAGGCAGUUAGAAAAGCUUGAGCUUUACUUUACUUAUUAAAACAGGAAAAACUAGAUUCCCAAGUGGCGGGAUGUGUUGCUCCGAGACAAAACGACAUAUACAAAGAAAACAAAAUGGGAUGAAUGAGAAAUAGAACAAUGGCA